AUGUCCAAUCUGAUUCAUGGAUCAACCGCUCAGAUCACUAUUGAGACCAGUCACGCCGCGAAAACAUAUAGCUCGAACGUCGAGAAUUUAACACGAGAACUUACCGUCUAUAAACGACUAGGCAAACACCCCUACGUCGCAGAGCUGCUUCACUUCCAAGAUCAGACUCUUUAUCUAGAAAGAGGACAAUGUCUAAGAGACAUGCUACGGAAGUGCGAUAUCACCGAUCAACAGAAAACCAAUUGGAUCAUUGGACUUGCCCUAGGACUGGAAUAUAUCCAUUCUAAAAACGUCGUACAUGCCGACCUCAACGCGGCCAACGUCAUUAUUUGCAAAGUCAUCCCGAACAAAAAUUGCGCCAAAUGGAUUGAUUUCGGCGGUUCUGGUAUUGAUCACCACCAAGCGUUGGCAAACUACGAUGAGUACAGCUAUCAACCUCCACAGCCUCCGAACCAACGAACGGAUAUUUUCGCUUUCGGUUGUACCAUGUUUGAGAUCGAGACAGGGGUGCCUCCAUUUUACAAGGAGACCCAAGGCAUGUCAGUGGAUGCAACAAUCUCUUAUGUGGAAGAAAGAUACACUGCACGGCAAUAUCCCCAAACAGAACAUCUACGCUUCCACUCAAUCAUCACUGGCUGCUGGCUGGGCCGGUAUAAUUCAAUGCAGGAGUUGAGAGAGGAUUUGGAACUCAAUUUUGGGCACGAAGAGCAGCAUGUUGUGGACUUCUAG